AUGAAUAUUGUCAGAUUGCAAAGAAAGUUCCCUGAUUUGACUCAGGAAGAUAUGUUUGCCACCAUCGAGAAGUUCAGGGCUAUUGAUCUGGAUGACAAGGGGUGGGUGGAGAAACAACAAGUGCUAGAGGCAGUUGCAAAGGAUGGUGAGGCUACCUAUGACGAAGCUAGAGAAACUUUGAAGCAUGUGAAUGUUGACGCUUCAGGGCACGUUGAAUUGGAGGACUAUGUUGAACUGAUUGCCAAGCUAAAGGAAUCGAAAACAGCUGCUCCUCCACAAACCAGCUUCAACGUAGAUACGGUAGAAACUUCUGCACCAACUGCUGGCUUAGGUAAUAGUGGACUACAACAUAAGGGAUCUGCAGCCCACGGCAGGAUCAUUGUUGGUGGUUCUACUACUGGUACCACCCAUACCAUUAAUGAAGAAGAAAGGCGUGAAUUUACAAAGCAUAUCAAUAGUGUCCUUGCUGGUGACGCUGAUAUUGGCCACUUAUUGCCCUUCCCAACCGAUACAUUCCAAUUAUUUGAUGAAUGUAGAGAUGGUCUAGUACUAUCCAAGUUGAUUAAUGAUUCUGUUCCAGAUACUAUCGAUACCAGAGUCUUAAAUUGGCCAAAAGCAGGAAAAAAACUAAACAAUUUCCAAGCCAGUGAAAAUGCAAAUAUCGUCAUCAAUUCCGCUAAAGCUAUCGGCUGCGUUGUUGUUAAUGUUCAUUCAGAGGAUAUUAUCGAUGGUAAGGAGCAUUUGAUUCUAGGCCUUAUCUGGCAAAUUAUAAGAAGAGGUUUGUUAAGUAAAAUUGACAUCAAACUUCACCCAGAACUAUAUAGACUACUGGAAGAAGAUGAGACUUUGGAACAAUUCCUAAGAUUACCUCCAGAGCAAAUUCUAUUACGUUGGUUCAACUACCAUUUGAAACAGGCUAAUUGGGAAAGAAGGGUAUCCAACUUUUCGCAAGAUGUUUCUGAUGGUCAAAACUAUACCGUCUUAUUGAACCAAUUGGCCCCAGAGUUAUGCUCAAGAGCUCCUUUGCAAACUAACGAUCUGCUACAGAGAGCUGAACAAGUUUUAGAUAACGCCGAUAAGCUAGGCUGUAGAAAGUAUUUGACACCAAGUUCAUUGGUUGCCGGUAACCCUAAGCUAAAUCUGGCCUUUGUUGCACAUUUGUUUAACACUCAUCCAGGGUUAGAUCCUAUUGAAGAAACUGAGGCUCCAGAAAUUGAGGAUUUUGAUGCUGAAGGAGAAAGAGAGGCCAGAGUAUUCACUCUUUGGUUGAACUCCUUAGAUGUUGAUCCACCAGUUGUUUCAUUAUUUGAAGAUUUGAAAGAUGGUCUGGUCCUAUUACAGGCCUAUGAUAUGGUUAUGCCUGGAUCCGUCGAUAAAAAGCACAUAAACCAAAGACCUGCGAAUGGCAGCGAGCUAUCAAGAUUCAAGGCACUAGAAAACACAAACUAUGCAGUUGAAUUAGGGAAAGCUAAAGGAUUUUCACUGGUUGGUAUUGAGGGUGCUGACAUUGUCGAUGGUUCUAAACUAUUAACUUUAGGUUUGGUCUGGCAAUUAAUGCGUAGAAAUAUUGUCAACACUAUGCAAACAUUAUCAUCAAGCGGUAAAGAUAUUAGUGACAGUGAAAUACUAAAAUGGGCCAAGGAACAAGUGGCCAAAGGUGGUAAGUCUUCUGAUGUUAGAUCUUUCAAAGACGAUUCCCUAUCAAAUGCUCACUUCCUAUUGGAUGUAUUAAAUGGUAUUGCACCAGGUUAUGUGAACUACGAUCUUGUUGCACCUGGAAAUAGUGAUGAGGAGAAGUAUGCAAAUGCCAGACUUGCCAUUUCUAUUGCUAGAAAAUUGGGUGCUCUAAUCUGGCUGGUACCUGAAGAUAUAAACGAAGUUCGUUCAAGAUUGAUCCUGACUUUCAUUGCCUCUCUAAUGGCAUUGAAAAGAUAA